GUGUGUGUGUGUGUGGGGGGGGUGUGGGGGGGGAGACAGAGAGAGAGAGGGGGAGAACCAGGCGACUUCCCCCAAAUGGAGACUGUGUUCCUCGCGCUGCUCUUCUCCUCCACUCGCUGCUGUUUGGCAGCAACAGGAUCUCCUUUGCUCCUGUUUGCAAAUCGGCGGGACGUCAGGUUGGUGGAUGCAGGCGCUGCGAGACCGGAGUCUACGGUGGUAGUCAAUGGCCUGGAGGAUGCUGCCGCAGUUGAUUUUAUGUAUGCAGACGGAAUGAUCUAUUGGACUGAUGUGAGCGAAGAGGCCAUUAAACAGACGCGUGUGAACCUCACUGGGAACGUGCAGAAUGUGAUCAUCUCUGGCCUCGUUUCACCAGAUGGAUUAGCGUGCGAUUGGUUAGGCAAGAAACUUUACUGGACAGACUCUGAAACCAACCGGAUUGAGGUUGCCAAUCUGGAUGGAACGUUUAGAAAAGUCCUCUUCUGGCAGGAUCUCGAUCAGCCGAGAGCCAUUGCUCUUGAUCCAGAGCGCGGAUACAUGUAUUGGACGGAUUGGGGUGAAAUACCAAGAAUUGAACGAGCUGGCAUGGACGCCAGCAGUCGCUCGGUCACUGUGAACUCUAAUAUUUACUGGCCAAAUGGGCUGACGAUUGAUAUAGAGGAGCAGAAACUUUACUGGGCUGAUGCAAAGUUGAGCUUUAUUCAUCGAUCAAACUUGGACGGUUCAUUCAGGCAAAAGGUGGUGGAGGGUACCCUGACUCAUCCAUUCGCCCUGACGUUGUUUGAGGAAACCUUGUACUGGACAGACUGGCAAACCCGCUCCAUCCAUGCCUGCAACAAGAGAACGGGGGCGAAUAAGCGGGAGAUACUUGUCAGCAUUUAUUCUCCCAUGGACAUCCAGGUCUUCAGCCAAGAGAGGCAACCACACAUUCCAACCCCAUGUGAUGAAAAUAAUGGAGGAUGUUCCCAUUUAUGCCUGCUGUCCCCCAAAGAACCAUUUUUCAGAUGUGCAUGUCCCACCGGUGUCCAGCUGGAGAAAGAUGGAAAGAUUUGUAAAGCGGGUGCUGAAGAGAUUUUACUGCUUGCCAGAAGAACAGACCUAAGACGCAUCUCCUUAGACAUGCCAGAUUUCACAGAUAUCAUUCUUCAGCUGAAUGAUAUUCGGCACGCAAUUGCCAUAGACUAUGAUCCCGUCGAGGGUUACAUUUACUGGACCGAUGAUGAAGUCCGAGCCAUUCGACGUGCGCUUCUUGAUGGCUCGGGGGCCCAGACAUUGGUGACAACUGAGGUUAACCAUCCGGACGGGAUCGCUGUCGACUGGAUCGCUCGAAACCUUUAUUGGACUGACACAGGCACUGACCGGAUUGAAGUGACCCGGCUCAAUGGUACAUUUAGAAAAAUUCUAAUAUCCGAAGGUCUUGAUGAGCCUCGAGCAAUUGUGCUCAAUCCAGUCACUGGCUAUAUGUACUGGACGGAUUGGGGUGAAAAUGCAAAGAUAGAACGGGCAAAUCUCGAUGGAUCCAAGCGAAUGAUUUUGGUCAACACAUCCCUGGGUUGGCCCAAUGGCCUGGCUUUGGACUACACAGAAAACAAGCUUUAUUGGGGCGAUGCCAAAACAGACAAGAUUGAGGUAAUCAAUGUGGAUGGAACUGACCGCAGAACACUUGUGGAGGAUAAACUUCCUCACAUAUUCGGGUUCACUUUAUUGGGUGAUUACGUCUACUGGACAGACUGGCAGAGGCGAAGCAUCGAACGUGUUCACAAGCACCACGCCAAGAGAGAGAUCAUCAUCGAUCAGCUACCUGAUCUCAUGGGACUCAAAGCAGCAAGAGUAACCAAAGCAUUUGGAACAAACUCUUGUGCUGAGAAUAAUGGAGGAUGCAGCCACCUGUGUUUGUACAGGCCUGAGGGUCCAUGCUGUGCUUGCCCAAUGGGCCUGGAGUUAAUCAGGGAUAUGAAAACCUGCAUUGUACCUGAAGCCUUCCUCCUGUUCUCUAGCCGAGCAGACAUCCGAAGGAUCUCUUUGGAAACCAAUAACAAUGAUGUGGCCAUUCCACUAACAGGAGUAAAGGAAGCAUCCGCUCUCGAUUUUGAAGUUUCUGAUAACAGAAUUUAUUGGACAGACAUUAGUUUAAAGACUAUCAGCCGCGCUUUCAUGAACGGAAGUUCUUCUGAGCAUGUGAUUGAGUUUGGGCUUGACUAUCCGGAAGGCAUGGCUGUAGACUGGUUAGCCAAAAAUCUUUACUGGGCAGACACCGGCACCAAUCGGAUUGAAGUAGCACGUCUGGACGGGCAAUAUCGACAGGUUUUAGUAUGGAAAGAGCUUGACAAUCCUCGUGCCUUAGCUCUGGAUCCAUCUGAAGGAUACAUGUAUUGGACAGAAUGGGGAGGUAAACCAAGAAUUGUCCGAGCUCACAUGGAUGGUAUGAAUAGCUUUAUUUUGGUGGACAGAGUGGGGCGUGCCAAUGGACUUACUAUCGACUAUGCAGAGCAAAGACUGUACUGGACUGACCUUGACACAUCAAUGAUUGAGUCUUCAAAUAUGCUGGGAGCACAGCGUGAGGUCAUAGCUGAUGAUCUGCCUCAUCCCUUUGGAUUAACUCAGUACCGAGAUUACAUCUACUGGACGGACUGGAACCUUCGCAGUAUUCAACGGGCUGACAAAAUCAAUGGCCAGAACCGUACGCUUAUUCAGGGACAUUUGGAUUAUGUGAUGGACAUUUUAGUUUUUCAUUCUUCCCGUCAAGAUGGCUGGAACAAAUGUGUGCAAACAAAUGGACAUUGUUCUCAUCUUUGCCUCGCUGUGCCAGAUGGGUACAUGUGUGGAUGUACAUCACAUUACACACUUGAUGCUAACAACAGAACCUGCAGCUCACCCAUAAGCUUCUUGCUGUUUAGUCAGAAGACUGCGAUCAGUCGAAUGGUGUUGGAUCAACAACAAAGUCCCGAUAUUAUUCUGCCUGUGCAUGGUUUGCGAAAUGUGAAGGCAGUGGAAUAUGAUGCUGUUGAUAAGUUAAUUUAUUGGGUCGAUGGCCGCCAAAACGUUAUCAAAAGAGCUCGAGACGAUGGAUCUCAGGCUUUUGUGGUUGUGACUGGGUCAAACCAAAGCCAAAACCCAGAUAUACAGCCUCAUGACCUGAACCUCGAUAUCUACAGCCGAACAGUUUACUGGACCUGUGAAGCCUCGAACACCAUAAAUGUUAACAGGCUCGAUGGCAAGUCCAUCGGGGUUGUUCUUAGUGGAGAGCAUGACCGACCAAGAGCCAUUGUGGUGAAUGCUGAACGAGGGUAUCUGUACUUCACGAAUAUGCAGGAGAGGACCGCAAAGAUUGAGCGUGCAGCACUUGACGGUACCGAGAGAGAAGUGUUAUUUUCCACUGGAUUGAUUCGGCCUGUAGCUUUGGCAAUUGACAACAAAUUGGGAAAACUUUUCUGGAUUGAUGCAGAUCUUAAGCGUAUUGAAAGCAGCGACUUGUCUGGUGCCAACAGGCUGACAUUGCAGGAUUCCAGCAUUCUACAGCCAAUGGGACUCACUGUACUUGGAGCCCACAUUUACUGGAUCGAUCGCCAACAGCAGAUGAUUGAACGUAUCGAGAAAUCCAGUGGGGACCAACGCACCAAAAUUCAAGGACGAAUAGCACAUCUUACUAGCAUCCACGCAGUAGAAGAGCUGGAUGUGCAGGAGUUUAGUUCACAUCCUUGCUCCCGUGAUAACGGUGGCUGUUCCCACAUCUGCAUUGCAAAGGGUGACGGGACACCGCGGUGCUCAUGCCCAGUGCAUCUGGUGCUCUUACAAAACCUAUUGACGUGCGGAGAACCACCCACCUGUUCGCCAGACCAGUUUACCUGUGCUACCGGAGACAUCGAUUGCAUCCCGAUGGAAUGGCGCUGUGAUGGCUUUGCAGAAUGUGACGACGGUAGCGACGAGGAAAAUUGCCCAAUCUGUUCUAUCCACCAUUUCCAAUGCGAGAAGGGCCAGUGUAUUGAUGCGUGGUUGCGAUGUAACGGGGAAAUCAAUUGCCAGGAUAAAUCGGAUGAGGAACACUGUGAUGAAGUCUGUGGUCCCAACCAGUUUCGCUGCGGGAAUGGCCGGUGCAUUUUGAAGAAGCAGCGCUGUGACUCAUUUUCAGAUUGCAUCGAUGGAUCAGAUGAGCUUAUUUGUGAAUUGACGAAACCUCCAGUGGACGAGUUGCCUUCUCAUAGCAAUGCAAUUGGACCAGUCAUUGGUAUAAUACUUUCACUCUUUGUUUUGGGUGGUAUGUACUUUGUCUGCCAACGAGUUGUCUGUCGCCACUACAAGGGACCCAAUGGACCUUUUCCACACGAGUAUAUCAGCGGAACUCCACACGUUCCCCUUAAUUUCAUUGCUCCUGGCAGUUCCCAGCACGGAACUUUCACUGGCAUGUCGUGUGGCAAGUCUGUGAUCAGUUCCAUGAGUUUGAUGGGAGGCAGCAGUGGGGCCCCGCUGUACGAUCGAAAUCACGUGACCGGAGCCUCAUCCAGCAGUUCAUCGAGUACAAAAGGAACUUUCUACCCACAGAUUUUAAAUCCACCUCCAUCUCCAGCCACCGAUCGUUCUCUUUAUAAUACAGAAGUAUUCUACUCCUCGAACAGCCCUUCCACUACCAGGUCUUACAGACAUUACAUUCUGCAGGGUAUUGCUCCACCUACAACCCCUUGCAGCACCGAUGUGUGUGAUAGUGAUUACACCACAAGCCGAUGGAAAAGUCCCAAGUACUACAUGGACCUGAACUCUGACUCGGAUCCUUACCCACCGCCCCCAACCCCUCGAAGCCAGUACAUGUCAGCAGAGGAGAACUGUGAAAGUUGCCCACCUUCGCCAUCUACGGAACGAAGCUAUUUUCAUCUCUGUCCUCCUCCUCCCUCUCCCUGUACAGAUUCCUCAUGACCCUUUGGGAAGGAUGCUGUUUAUAAUUCUGUACAUAGCUUUAAAUACAAACAGAGAAAAAGUAUAUUUUAUGAUUUUAAAAUAACAGACGGGUAGGACGAUCCAAAGGGCAUUGUACAGAAAAUGUGAGGUGUGUGGGGGGAGGAUGUGGGGCAAUGGAAUUUUGUGCAGUUUUUUGGGGGGAGGGGGAAGUAUUUAUAACAUUCAAUUAUUUUUAAAGUAAAUACCACCUCCAUCUUUGUGCCAUAUGUUUAGCGUACAGAACAAAUGGAAAAGCAAGAAUAUAAAACACCCAUAAAGUUUGGGGAAAUCAUAUUAAAAGUUAAACUAUACGAUUACUGUGUUUUAUUGAUAUUCAACAUAAGUUAGCUCUUUCUACCAGUUUCUAAAGGUACAUCGUGGUGCCGCAGAAGCAAACUGAAAUACUUUUAAAAGUCAACAUUGCCAUGCACAAUGCGAAAGUAUUCUUCCUAAUGCACGUCAUUCAAUCAUACACAAUUUCGCACAACUCGGAAUAUAAUUUACGUGAAACAUUAAUCAGAUCUCUUGAAAAUACUGGGGAUUGGGUGGAAUAGUGAUUUAAUACCAUGCGCUUUCAUUUGAGUACUUAGUUACAGUCCCUCACUGCUGAAAUGUUUGUAGAGUGCCCAUUUGUAACUUGAGUGAAGUAACUUGCGUACUGAUGGUAGAUGACUAAGACUUUGUUGUAAAGCAGUUCGCCUUAUUACGCCACAGUUUGAAUGUGCAUGUCCUUACCAUUAACCUGUUGGGCAAGUGUUGAAUUUAAGGCUAGCAACUGUUAAUAGACAUUCAAAGGUCUGCACUGCGUGUUGUACUGACUGCAUCACUAAUUCCAAAAAUAUCCAUUCAUGAAAAAGUAGCAUAAAUUCCCAUUUAAUUUUUAAACUGUUGUGGGGCUCCCUGAUCUUAAGAACUUACUUUUUAACAGUUUAAAAUUUCAAACAUUUUUUAACUAAUUUCAUAAUUAUUUAUAAAUACUAUUUUUCAGAGAUUUUGUGGGUAUUCAUUGACAGCGACACCCCACAUCCAGUUCAAUCAUUAUAUCCAUUGCAAUUGCAUCAACCUUAUUCAAGUAGGCAUUAAACAAAGCAUUCUUUCUGAAAUAUUGUAUCAUCUUGAUAUAAUAAUUGUGCUCUUGGGUUAGAUGAAGCACCUAAAAUGUGUAGAACACUAUUUAUUUGUAAUUGUAUUAGGUUUUAAUCUUUUGGCUGUGGUUAUUUUAACGUUCUAAUUAUUAUGGUGAGGACUCUUUAUGUCCUUAUGUUUCACAACGUGCCUUGUUGCUGUUGGAUGAAAUGUGAGCAUGCUGCUGACCCCCCCCCCCCCCCCCAUUAAUACUGCAUAUCCACUGUGUAUGAAGGCAGAGCGUCGGCACAUCAGGUUAUUUCUCCUUUUCAUUCUUUCCUUCAUAUACGCAAUAUACUUUGUGUGUCUGUGUGUGUGUGUGUGUGUGUGUGUACGCGCAUGCAUGCUUUACAUUGUACUGCAGAGAAAUGUGAAACCCUGGAGUUUAAGAUUAUUACAGGAUUUCAUACGACAGAGAUGGUGCUGUUUGUUAACUCAAUCCUGCCAUUUAGACAUUUUUGUUUCAUUAAUUAUUUUCAUUCACAAAGUACUGGUUUAUCAGAAACACAAGCCCGCUUAAAGAAUCUGAUGCAGAGUUUAUGCAAAUGGAGAACACAUAGAUGAUGGCCUGUUUAGCUUGUGUUGUAUGUUGAAAUAUUGGACCCUUCAACAAAUCAGUACUUUUGACGAAACUCUUCUGGUCUUCAUUGAUCAGUUUACGUUGAAACAAUAUACAAACAAAUUACAAAUAUCAUAACUUUUUAAAAAAAACGCCAGAUGUUAAAAGAUGUAAUCCUGAUGUGUCUGCAAUGCUGUUGCAAGUGUAAUAUCAACACCUUUGACGUACCAUAAUUUUUUUCUUGCCACUGAAAACAGAAAUAUUUUGUACUCUUCAAUUACCAAUUUGAAGAAUCCAAUUUGCACUCUUGUUUAUUCCUUGAAUUAAAAUGUAUAUUUUUGUGAAUUGUAAUAAAUUACAGCUGCCUGUCCUCAACCGAUCUUUGAAAAAUAAAAGGGAAAGUUUUAACCCA